CUGGGCAAAAAAUGGGAGACUAGCGCCAAGAAAGGGAAAACACCCAUGUUAGUUCCCGUAGACGACAUUUUGUUUCACAAGGGAGCUCGUAAGCACCGGGUGAGGCCAACCCCUAAACCUAAGUCGCAAGAAGAGGUCCUCAAGAUUGCUGCCUCAAAGAAGGCUGAAGUUAAGGCCAUCGGGUGUGCUGUUGCCAUAGUUGCAGAGGAGGAGAUACGACUGUUGCCUUCUUUUCCUACCAUCAAUCCCAUAUUUCCUCCAACCAUGGAGUCUACUGACCAAGAAGGUGGCCCUAGCUCUAGCCGUAAGAGAAAGUACAAGGAAGAGGUUGGCAGCAUUCAUUGGAAGAACUUGAAGGUUACCAUGCAGCCAAGUAGUUUUAGGUAUGUCAAUAAUUGCCUGGCAGGACGUCGAUCCACUGUUGAUGAGCUUAGUGAGCCACUAAAUGAGAAUGAAUCAGAUCGUGACUGGAUGAUGAAGUUAUCUUCUUAUGUCAUGACCGAGUAUGGUGACAGAUUACGAGAGGUCGAGCGGUACAAAGCAAAGUUUAAAAAGAAUAAGCAGCUUGUGAAUGACGCCAGAAAAACGAGCAAAACUUUGGCUGAUGCCAUACGCCUUAAGGAUCAAAACUUUGAGAGUUUGAAGAGACGGAAUGGUAAGAACGUAAGGCUCGAGAAAUAAUUGGAAGUGACUAAGGAACAGUUGGAGACAACCAUCCUUGAGGUUUCCACAGUUAAAUGAGAGUUGGAUAGUGCCUUGGUUGAGGUUUCUAGGCUGAAGAUGAGUAUCCCAACUGAGAGGGAUGCUGCUGUGCAGGAAUUCUUAGGUUCCUAAGCCUUUCACGAUGCUUUUAGACCUCACUGUAUCCGGGCGGCUAAUUUUAAGAAAAGGAAAUGAAUUGCUGUCCUUAAGCGUUACGGCAAUGGAAGCAUUAUCCGAAAGUACCGUGAUGAGAUGGAUGAGUACUGACAAAAAGGUGAAGCCUUCGUCCUCGCAAUUGAUCCUAGUAGUGAUGAUGACUCUGAUAAUGAGGCUAGUAUCAGUGAGCAGUCUUAGGAGAGUGAUGAUGGUCCUAAAGAUGCUGAGGAAUAUGGUGAUGGCGAUGAGGUUGAAACGCAGAGUGAUAUUGUCAAGGGUUCAGCCUCAGAUGAGGAUGAAUCGUAAUGCCCUCUUUUUCUGCAUGUACUCUAGAUGUACGAGUUUGUUGUUUGUGUGGCAUGUUCCAUGUACUCUGGAUACACUAGUUUGUUGUUUAUGUGGCAUGUGCCAUGUACUAUAGAUGUACUAGUUUGUUGUUUGUGUGGCACGCGCCAUUUACUCUGGAUGUACUAAUUUGUUAUUUGUAUGGAAUGUGCCAUGUUGUAAGCCUGAGAGCUUUUUAUUUAU